UGCUUGUGUCAUAUUCUUACUAUCAAAAAGACAAAGUCCAACUGGAGAACUUCCAGUUCUUCACAAGGGUUGCAAUGGGUGGAAGUCACCAUUUUAUACGUCCUCACGAUACUGAUACUUUCAUUGUAGUGAACACAAGGAAGUGUUCGCCCUGCCGAUCGCUGCUCACAAAGGCCCAGGAGUACAACAAAGAAGUCUUGAAAACUGUUUCGAAAGCUUGGAUGGGGGAUGGUUUCACGCUGCUUUUGCGGAAGCAGAAUAUUGGAAUGGAUUUUGCGGCACACAACGUGACCAUUGAAUGGUGCCGCCAGUUAGAUAUCAUAAAGCAAUACAAAUACUUUAUUUUUUUGAAUAGCUCUGUAAGAGGACCAUUUUAUCCUUCCUACUUGCCGCCGUCAUGGCAGUGGACGCAAGUCUUCACGGACAGGAUUGAUGAGAAUGUCAAACUGGUUGGGUCAUCGUUGGUUUGUUUGCCUCCGACAGAUCUAGGAGGCCCGGGACCAAGGGUGGAGUCUUGGGCCUUCGGUGUGGAUAGAAUAGGCCUGAAGACCGUGUUGGACGAGGGUGUCUUCCAUGUUCGUAAGUGCAAGCUCUGUAGUGACGGUAUUGUAGUCAAGGGGGAGUACGGCCUUUCCACCGCCAUCUUCAAUGCUGGGUACAACAUUGCAACCAUCAUGUCGAUGUAUCCUGUCGGGAUUAAUUGGAGGAAAAGGGUUCAUUGGAAGUGCAACAACAAUACGCAUCCAUCUCGUCAUGGGACAUACGAUAAUAUCUCUAUGCAUCCAUUUGAGACUGUUUUUGUAAAGGCCAGCUGGAAAGUCGGUGAACCUCACCUAUCUGCCUACACACGGUGGUUUUUAGCACAUUCAAAUGGACACGCCAAUACACAAGGGUUGUAUGCUGACAAAAUGUAUAGAUAUGCAACAAGUCAACUUGCACAAGAGAUUGAUAUUGAUGCCGAUUUGUUCAAGGUGGAUUCCUUCAGUUAGUGCAGGUUUUGCUUGUUGUUGACAUCAGCCUGAGUGUGACACAGUGAGGCAGCUAAUGUCGUGAGUCGCCAUGGCAUUAUCUGUGCUGCUGUGGGGCAAUUUGCAGGGGCAGGUGCAACCGAUCUGUGUUUUGUUGCAGCCUGUAAUAAAUCUAAUUGAAAAUUGAAUCAGAUUCGUUGGGUGAUUUGCAAGCCUAGAAGAAGGUGGAUCCAAAAUCUUCACGACCCUAGUCUGAAGAACUUAAAGGCUUAGGAUAUUGGCCUAAAUAGCUUAUAAGCUCCUUCCUAGAAGUCCAAACUCCGAGAAGAUUACAUACAAAAGGUACGGUACUAGAUACACAACUGCUACCCCUUGUUAGAGCUACCCCAGUGGUGAAUGAUUGCGGAUCAGAUGAACUUUUUAUUGAACAUCUUUUGUGUUUGAUUGCCCCGAUAUGUGACAAUUAGGAAAAAAUUCUUAGCUAUUUAGUUUUGCACCACUUUCAGCCAGUCAUGCAUUUUUGAGGCAAACCUGUACUGAUAUCAAGCCAAUUUUUUGACGGAACACAGUUUAGAAAGUUUUGAUAUGAAGAUGGGCAGUGACAGACUCCCUACAAGACCAAUUAGCCUCAGGGGGGUAAAGACACACAAAACUAGUGGCUGCCACAAGGUCUCAAUAAUGUAAUAAUGAUAUAUUACC